UAGAAAAAAAAUGGCAGCGCGCGUGUGAAUGUCAUGCCAUCCUAAAACCAUUCCCUCAACCAGUUUGCGUUUUGAAUAUUUCAAUGUGUUUCAUGUGUUGAAACUGACGCAUGAAUUAAUUCAUUCACCCUCCGACAGCUACAGACCAGGGAAUCAAUAACAACGCUCGUUUCAAGCUUUGGAUGUUAGCAUUUUAGCUAAACUACAACAUUACGUUAGUCAACUUGGGGACGCAAUCGCAAUGGAUCCGGAUGGGCAACUCAGAAACCUCCGGGAUUUCCUCCUGGUUUACAACCGCAUGACUGAAAUUUGCUUCGAUCGAUGCAGCAGCAACUUCAACUACAGAAGCCUCACCAUGGACGAGGAUAAGUGUGUGGACAGCUGCGCGGGGAAGCUGAUUCGCUCCAACCACCGCCUGAUGAGCACCUACGUGCAGCUGAUGCCUAAGAUGGUGCAGCGGCGGAUGGAGGAGAUGGAGAGCAAAGCGGCGGAAAUGGCCAAGGCGGCAGAGGCCGCCGCCGCCAACUCGGCACCUCCCCUGGCGGAGGCGUCGCCGGCGUCUCAAACCCCCGUCGACUCAUCGCCACCCGCGCAACUACCGGAGCGACCUUUUACCUCGACGCCGAUUGACGACGCCGGACCGGGGGCCCACGGCUCCGCCUUAAUGCCGGGAGGAAUGAAUAUUCCAGUUGACGCUGUCGUGUCCAAUUCCACGGCAGAAUCAAAAGUCCACUUAUCGGCUGCAACGCCGCUCACGCCUGUGAUUGAAGCAGCAGGUGUCUCUGUGCUUAAUGGAGCUGGCGAUUGACCGUCGUAAGCAGCGGGUUUACCUCGAGCCGCCAUUCAGUCGGAGAUCUCGGCGCCUGUAUUCACGCCAUCUCAACCAGACGUGCUCCCGUCGACAGAAGCGGCGCCGACGGUGUCUCGAUCCAUCGAGAGCCUGUCGGGGCCCCAGAGGGCCGCGGAGGUCACCCCGCCGUCGGGCCAGUCACGACGGCCGGUCCGGGUGUGUCUCCGGAGGUUAAUCUGUAGUAAUCUUUUACUCCCUCCACACACAAAAAACCCCCCAAAUGUGACAUUGCUGAAAAUAAUUGCUGAUUUUAAUAGAUUGACAUGCAUUAUACAAUAACAUCAACUAUUAUUACACGGGAACUAUUCAUGUCAUAUCGUCUUUUUCUGGAGUAUGUCCUCUCAAAUGGGAAUAUUUGAUGUUUUUCAUAUUUCAAAUGAAGUCUUUUUUUGGUUUGUCAAUGCUUGUAUUUACGGCAGGCUGUUGAAUAAUCAUCAGUUUAGAUUACUUUUUGACUGCCCUCUGAUCCGACUAUACAACACGAAACCCUAUGGUGACAAAACAUAGUCAAGCAUGUCACUCUUAAUAAGAAUAGUAACAAACAAAAACAACGAUGCAGAUAUUGCAAUCAUAGGUUUAAAUGUUUUGAGGUAAGAUGCAAAACAAAAAGGAAGUUAUUGUAACCGUAUAUAUGUGUGUGCUAUGUUAGUUGAAAAUAAUAUGGUUUAAUGAUGGCAGUCAUGCUGUCAUAAAAAGGUGAUGAAAGGUGAUUUAUCUUCAAUAAAAAUGAGUAUAUAUUA